AUGGCGGACGAUGAGGAAAGGGCCAAGGCCGAAAAGCUCGCCGCCGCGCGAAAGCGAGUGGCCCAGAUGCAGAAGCAAAAGGGCAAGAAGAAUGCCAAGAAAGCUGCUGCUGAAGAACCCAGCAAGGACGAGACUAUAGAGAAACCCUCCAGCGUUGAGCCUGCGGCCGAGACGCCCGACGCAGUAGUCGCAACAGAUGAACAACAAGCAAAAGGAGAAGAACAGUCUCCCGCUGAACCUAUGCCUGAUGCGCCUAGCUCCCCUGGCCCAGAAACUAGUCCUACCGAAGUAAAGGAGCUACCAACCAGAGAAGCGCACGCUCGACAGCCGUCUCUUUCAUUGCAGUCGAAAAUCCGGUCUUCUUCCUUCCGAAAUUCGAUCUCCUCAGCAGUGUCUCCAGGGUCCGGAAUCAAGUCCCCUCCAUUACCUCCAUUGGCCCCUGAUGAUGAACAAAUUCACGAGGUGUUUCGGAAACAGGCUGCUAGACUAGAGGAUCUCGAGAAGGAGAACAAGAGACUAGAAAAGGAAUUUAAUAAUGCAAAUGCACGCAGACAGAAAGCAGAAGAUCAGUUGGACGAGCUUAGGGAGUCUAGCGUCGAAGUCAUUGAACUGAAAGAUCGCUUAGCAAAGGCCGAAGAGCAGGUAGCCGAACUGGAGAGAUUGAAAGCUGAAAUUGCGUCUCUUCAACGACAAAACUCUCUGCUGCAAUCAAAAACCCACAAGGCCAGUGCAUCUGUUGCUGGUCACUCAGAUUCCCCACCGUCCGAGCUUGUGCAACAGUUAGAAUCCAAAACUUCGACCAUCGAAGCCAUGGAGAUUGAAAUUUCUAACCUGCGCGCUCAGCUAUCCUCUGAAUCUACUUCAAAUGAUGCCUAUAAAAACCAGAUAACCGCACUAGAAGAGAAGCUCUCUCAAAACGAAAGCACCCUUCAAAAGACACAAGGAGAGCUCAAUGAUGUAAGACAGUCGCUCUCGCGUGCCUCAGAAAAGGCAUUGAAAGAGGGUGUCGAUAAAACAAGCACGGAGACGUUAAUUAAAGGCCUACAACGAGAGAUCGAAGAGCUAAAGGAUGCGAAAUCAAGUGCUGAAAAGAAAGGCGAUGCGCUAGACAAGAAAUUACAGGCGCUCGCACAUCUCCAUAAAGAGUCAGAAAGUCGGCAUCAAUCGCGAUUGAAAGAUCAUGAGAAAGUUGAGAAAGAGGUGGCCCUGUUGAAGAAGAAACUGGCAUUAGUCGAAAAUGAGAAUCUCCGGUUACGAGAAGAGAAGGAUCGGGUCAAAAAGCGGGAUUCCGAGGUUGAAAAUAACGAAGGCUUGGAUGAGCUGGAAGAUGAGGAACGUUCGAGGCUCGAAAGAAGGGUCCGUGAACUUGAAGGUGAAGUUUUCGACCUACGUCGCGGUGUGUGGAAAGAAAGAAGGAAAGAAUUGGGAGCAGGAACGGAAGAUGAAAACGAUGGAGUCGAGACAGCUCCCAGUCCAGCCGCGGCUUUCGAUGAAGUAGACUUGAUUGGCGGUGCACCUGGUCACUCACGGCGGCGGAGUCUCAUGGCACAGAAUCGACAGCAACAGCAACAUUCUUCUUUCAGUACAGUGCUAUCUAGUGGAUUGGCCGCUUUUACGGGGGGUAGUAGCGGCUGGGAGCGACGUGUGCCGACACAGAACCACCCACCAGCCGCCAGAGGCAGUCUGGAACUGCUUGCGGAGGAAGAUAAUGACGAGUUCGACGAAGAAGCAUUUGCUCGAGCGCAGGCAGAAGAAGAGGCGCGCAAACGAGUAGAAUGGGCCCGCGAAGUUAAGCGUAAACUGCGCGACUGGAAAGGCUGGCGACUUGAUUUGGUCGAUAGUCGAGCAGGCGCAGAGGGGGCCGGCGUGGCCAUGGGCGAGAUAUUCGAAGUCUGA